UGCCCCUCCCUGGCCCUGCCUCCUCCCCCUCUCUCUGUGCCACCCCCUCCCCCAACCCUCUAAAGGGCUGUGCCAGUCUCUUGAUUCUACGUGCCCCUCUGUGGAUCAGCAACUACCCCCUCUGCGUCUUCAAUCCUCGGUCUACAGGCUGACUGGGAGAGGCUGCUGGCGAAGCCCUUGGGCGAAGCCUGUGUGACUCAGGACACAGGACUGGGCAGGGCAGGGUGGCUUUGCUGUCUCCCAGGCCCAUGUCCCCAGCUCCUGUAUAAGGGUGGGGGCUAGCUUAUGUGUAGGAGACAAGCAAGGCCUAAGCCUUUGGAGCUCAGGUGGGGAGGGAGGGUGCUAUCCUGAAGCCCAGAACUCCCAGCUCAGCACUAGCAGCUGAGAAAAGACCCUGCCAGUGUCCUAGAAGCCUUCUCUAGCUGGAUAGGUGGAGGUCCUGGGCUGGAAAGAUUUUAACUACCUGUUCUUGCUCUCUGAGCUCUUGCUGUGGUAGAGUGUGUUUACUCAGACUUGAGUCUCUGCUAAUGUCAGGAGGCACAAGGUGCCAAUCCUCUUCAACAGGGACCUAGGUGCCAGGUCCACCCCCAUAGCUAGAUGAGGCUGGGGUGCCGGGCCUGGCUGUGCCUGGGGAUCCAGCUUGUGUUUGCUCUGUGAGGCCUGAAGGAGCUGUGCCAGCCUUACACACACAGCCUGCUCUGUUCUGAGGCCAGGGAGAGGGAAUGGGUGGGGGGCAGCUCUUCUGGGAUCUGGGAGCAGGGAGGCUGGAGUAGGCAGGGGCCCCGGGUCCUGGAUGGUUCACUGGGACAGCUCCAAAGGCCAGAUGAUUUAUGGUUACUGCUCUUUCUCUCCCCAUCUGGCUGGCAAGCCAUUGUGGACAAGUGGGGCUGUCUCAAGAGGAAACAAGGCAGAGUCAUAGUGACAGCCUGGAGACUUGGACACAGGUCCUUGAAGUGAUCUGGAGACCCCAGCUCCACAUCUGCCACCAUUCCGUGCUGCAGGGACACCAUGGCUCCAGAAGACGGCGCUGGAGGGGAGGUCUUAGGGGGCAGUUUCUGGGAGGCUGGUAACUACAGACGGACGGUGCAGCGGGUUGAAGAUGGGCACAGGCUGUGUGGGGACCUGGUUAGCUGCUUCCAAGAACGAGCCCGCAUCGAGAAAGCCUACGCCCAGCAGCUGGCUGACUGGGCCCGCAAGUGGAGGGGUGCUGUGGAGAAGGGCCCACAGUAUGGCACUCUGGAGAAGGCCUGGCAUGCCUUCUUCACUGCGGCUGAGCGGCUGAGUGAGCUGCACUUGGAGGUGAGGGAGAAGUUGCACGGUCCAGACAGCGAGCGUGUGCGGACCUGGCAGCGAGGGGCUUUCCACCGGCCAGUGCUGGGUGGUUUCCGGGAAAGCCGGGCUGCGGAGGAUGGUUUCCGCAAGGCCCAGAAGCCCUGGCUAAAGAGGCUGAAGGAGGUUGAGGCUUCUAAAAAGAGCUACCACACAGCACGCAAGGAUGAGAAGACAGCCCAGACCCGGGAGAGCCACGCGAAGGCCGACAGCUCCAUGUCCCAGGAGCAGCUUCGAAAAUUGCAGGAGCGGGUGGGGCGAUGCACCAAGGAGGCAGAGAAGAUGAAAGCCCAAUAUGAGCAGAGCCUGGCAGAGCUAAAUCGCUACACUCCACGUUACAUGGAGGACAUGGAGCAGGCCUUUGAGAGUUGCCAGGCUGCUGAGCGCCAGCGACUUCUCUUCUUCAAGGAUAUGUUGCUCACUUUGCAUCAACACCUUGACCUCUCCAGCAGUGACAAGUUCCAUGAACUCCAUCGAGACCUGCAGCAGGGCAUUGAGGCUGCUAGUGACGAGGAAGACCUGCGCUGGUGGCGUAGCACACACGGGCCUGGCAUGGCCAUGAACUGGCCACAGUUUGAGGAGUGGUCCUUAGAUACACAGAGAGCAAUCAGCCGGAAGGAGAAGGGUGGCCGGAGCCCUGAUGAGGUUACUCUGACCAGCAUUGUACCUACACGAGAUGGCACCGCGCUCCCACCCCAGUCCCCAGCAUGUCCAGCAUCUCCAGGCAGUGGUCAGGAUGAGGACUGGUCAGAUGAGGAGAGUCCCCGGAAGGCUGCCACUGGGGUGAGGGUGCGGGCGCUUUAUGACUAUGCUGGCCAGGAAGCUGAUGAGCUGAGCUUCCGAGCAGGGGAAGAGCUGCUGAAGAUGAGUGAGGAGGAUGAGCAGGGCUGGUGCCAGGGCCAGCUGCAGAGUGGCCGCGUUGGUCUGUACCCUGCCAAUUAUGUAGAAUGUGUGGGUGCCUGAGUGUCCUGACAGCCCUAUUGCACCUCCUCUCUGUCCUGGGCCAAAGCUCAAGCCUGCCUGGACUGCUGGACCCGAGGGCCCUGAACCAUAUGCUGCUGCUGCCCCUGUUUCCGGAGGAGGGAAGAUGUCUUAAGACCCAUGAAGGGAGGGGUCUGUGUCUAGAAAGAGGCCAACAGAGUUUAGGUUAAGGGCAGGAAGGGAGGUUGGAGUGACAGAGGUGACUGAGCCUCCCCUCCCCCUUCCGCAUUUGGGUCAUCCCAGGAGUAGGGUAUCAGGUUCCUAAACUGUUUGGGAGUUCCUGGGGUGAGGUUGGUGAGAAUGUAGUUUGGGGCUAGCAGCACCCUCUUUUGUGACUUGUAGUGUGUAUUAAACUUUACCAAGAAUAAAAACCCA